AUGGAGCUCUGCUCUGUCUUCCUUCCUACCAUCCUCCUCCUCCUCCUCUCUGUUCUCUACUCCGCCAUUCUCUUCUUCAAACGAAGUGCGCCGCCAAAAGCAACAGAGUCCUUAGUGCUCAAGAGUUACCCGGUAAUAGGAAACCUCCCUCACUUCAUCAAGAACGGGCGUCGCUUGCUGGAAUGGACCACGGACCUCAUCGCCAGCUCCCCCACCGGCACCGUCACCGUCGCGCCCAUCGUCUUCACCGCCAACCCCACGAACGUCGAGCAUGUCGCCCGGACCAACUUCCAGAACUACCCCAAGGGCGGCGAGAUUCUGUCCACCUUCCACGAUUUCCUCGGCCGCGGCAUCUUCAACUCCAACGGCGAGGAGUGGCUCCUCCAGCGUAAGGCUGCUAGUUUCGAGUUCAAUACCAAGUCUCUCCGCGCCUUCGUCCUCGACAAAGUCCGCCACGAGACCGUCGACAGGCUGAUCCCUCUGCUGAAGAGAGCCGGCCGGAGCGGCGAGGUGUUGGACCUCCAGGACGUGCUCGAGCGCUUCGCGUUUGAUAAUAUCUGUAGCCUGGUGUUCGGGGAGGACCCCAAAUGCCUCGCCUUGGAGAGCGAGGACGGCGAGCGGUUCUACCACGCGUUCCAUGAGGCCACGGAGCUCUCUAUUGAGAGGGCGAAGCAGCCCUUCUCGCUGAUUUGGAAGCUUAGCAAGUGGCUCGAUCUCGAAUCAGAGAGAAGGUUAAGGGAAUCCAUGGAGACAGUCCACGGACUGGUAGAAAAGUACGUUCGGUCGAGGAGGAAGCUAAGCAGAGAAGGCGGCGGCAGUGAUUUCUUGUCCCGAUUCGCGGCGGACGGAGCCCACUCGGACGAGUUUAUCCGGGAUAUCCUCAUAAGCUUCGUGCUCGCGGGGCGGGAUACCACGCCCACGGCUCUCACCUGGUUCUUCUGGAUCCUUUCUUCGAAGCCAGAAGUUGUAGAGAAGAUAAGAGAGGAGAUUAGAGUAAUCCGAUCGCAGCGCAGGAAUUACGAUAGCGAGGUGCUAACGCUCGACGAGCUAAGGGAGAUGGGAUAUCUCCACGCGGCGUUGUCGGAGUCGAUGCGGAUCUACCCGCCGGUGCCGCUGCGACCGUGCGAGAGCCGCCGGGAGGACGAGCUGCCGGACGGGACGCGGGUGCGAAAGGGGUGGACGGUGAUGUACAGCACGUACGCGAUGGGGAGGGCGGAGGGGAUAUGGGGGCAGGAUUGCGGGGAGUUCCGGCCGGAGCGGUGGAUGGAGGACGGGGUAUUCCAGCCGGCGAGCCCGUUCCGGUACACGGUGUUCCACGCGGGGCCGAGGAUGUGCUUGGGGAAGGACAUGGCGUAUAUCCAGAUGAAGGCCGUGGCUGCGAGUAUUUUGGAAGGAUUUGAGGUGGAGGUGGUGGAGAACAGGGGGAAGCACCAUCUCUCGAUGACGAUGAGGAUGGAAGGUGGCUUGCCCGUGAGGAUCAAGGAGAGGAACAUCUCCUAA